GUGCUCCUGGGGACUCUCUCUUGUCGCAGACAUCACAAUAUCAAGAAACGCCAUCGAACGAAACCAGAGAAAAGUAGCAGCAGAAGAACGAAAGAUCCUUAGCCCUCGAGUGAAGAAGAAGAAGAAGAAGAAGAAACCAUUAUAAUAAUGGAGGUUCUCAAAGAAGGAGGCAACGAGAUCAACGGCGUCGCCGCGGACCAUGACCAAGACGCCGGCGACGGAAUGCAGUGCGCCGACCACCCCUUCCGCGGCAACCUCGGCGGGAUCUGCGCCUUCUGCCUCCAAGAGAAGCUCGGCAAGCUCGUCUCCUCCUCCUUCCCCACCCCCCUUCCCCGCCCUUCCUCCUCCUCCUCCGCCGCCUCCUCUUCUCCCUUCAGAUCCGGUGCCGCCCCCCGCGGCUACCCUGCCGCGUUCGCCCCCGCCCCCGCCGCCUCGUCCUCCGUCUCCGUAGACCCGGCCGUUUCCCUCCCCUCCAACCGCAUCGACGGCAGCGGCGGCGGAGGCGGAGGCGACGUCUACCGCGCCCGGAGGGCUGCGAGGAUCGUGCCCUUCCUCUUGGCCAAGAACAAGAGCAGGAAGAAGAAGAAAGCCGCCGCCGGGGCCGCGACGGAGGCGGAGAUGAUCUCAUUUAAGCGGAGCAAGUCCACGGCGACCCCGAGGCGGGGCGGCGGGCGGUUCCUGGACGAGGAGGCGGGCAACAACGAAUUUAGCCCUCGGCGGCGAGGUGGGUUCUGGUCUUUCCUAUAUCUUUCGUCUUACUCUACUGCUUCUGGUUCUGGCUCUGGCUCUGGCAGUGCGGUCGCGAGGAGAGACUCGAAGUCACACUCGCAAUCGCAUUUCACGUCCAAUGCAAUGAACGGGCCCGUAGUCGUCGAAGAUGGCAACGGCGACAAUGCGGGCUCCAGUUCUGCGUCGGCGGCGACCUCGUUCGAGAGGAAAGUCUCGAGAUCCAGAUCCGUCGGUUGUGGGAGCAGGAGCUUCUCGGGCGACUUCUUCGAGCGGAUCUCAACCGGGUUCGGGGACUGCACUCUCAGGAGGGUCGAGUCCCAGCGCGAGGCCGCCGGCGGCGGUCGCGGCCACGGCCACGGCCACGGCCAUCAGAAGCCCAGAAUCUCCGCCGCUCACGGCGGCGAGAGGGUGAGGUGCGGCGGGAUCUUCGGCGGGUUCGCGGCGAUGGCCUCGUCGUCGUCGUCGUCGUCUUCCUCGUCGCACUGGGUGUCGGCGGCAGGUUGUGCGGCCGAUCAAGAGACGGCCCACAACAGCAGCAGGUCGUCGGCGGCGGCCGCCGUUCAGGGAGGGGCGAGGGGUCACAAGAGCUGGGGAUGGGCGUUCGCGAGCCCCAUGAGAGCUUUCGGGAGGCCUGCGAAUUCCAAGGACUGGAAGAGAGAGAGGAGCGUCGUGGCUACUGGAAGCAGCAAUAAAAACGCCACGGCAAGCCCCAGUUUGGCCGCGAUUCCUUCACUUUUGACCGCGAGAGGCUGAUGAAAAAGACUACAGGGAGACCGUUUGAAUCUC